CCUAACAACUUCUCUUCCAUUUUUUUUCUACGCCGAUCAGUCGAAAGGGGUUCAUUUUUGCCUUUUGAUUGCUCUGUUAGGUGCUUAUGUUCAACACGUUUUUCUUUUAUCCCGAAUACAUGCUUAUCCCGUCUCUACUGGAUAUUUUAAACCAAAAAAUUCUCCUUUUUAUGGGGGAAAAGUUCUCUUUAAACUGUGGUCAAGAGUGCCUUAGAUGGAAAGAAGGGCAUUCGUCGAGGUUUAGUUCAUGCAUUACAGGAUGUUCAAUCUAUCAAGAGAAUGACUACAAAUAUAGAUGAUAAGAGUCUAAGAUUGCAGGGAUCAAGCAUCAGGAAAGCACCACUUAGUUCGAAUAAGGAGGAUAUUGUGGUAGGUCUUGAUGCUGAGCUGACGACUAUCUUGGAGGGGCUCACUGGACUGCCAGGACUAGAAAUAGUGACAAUUUCUGGGAUGGGCGGCAUUGGUAAGACAACUCUUGCUAGAAAAGCUUUUAAUGAUCCUUAUAUUGUUUAUCACUUCUAUUGUCGUGCAUGGAUAACAGUAUCCCAAGUCUAUCAAGUGAGAGAUUUGUUACUAGGCCUUUUGAGCUCCAUUGCACGGUCCGCUGAUAAAAUGGUUGAGAAGAGCAAAGCUCAAUUAGCUGAAGUUGUAUACAGAAGUUUGAAAGGUAUGAGGUAUAUGAUUGUUAUGGAUGACAUGUGGAGUAUUGAUGCUUGGAAUGAUGUCAAAAGAUGUUUUCCUGAUGACAAAAAUGGAAGUCGAAUAGUAGUUACAACUCGGUUCAUGGAGUUAGCAACAAAUGUGAGUCCCAAAAAGCCACCUCAUUGCAUGAACCUUCUGAGUGCAGAACAAAGAUGGGAACUAUUGGAAAUGCUCAUCUUCGGGACAGCAAGCUGCCCCCAAGAAUUGGUAGGAGUUGGAAAAAAAAUAGCUAAGAGAUGCCGGGGAUUACCUCUAGCUAUUGUCGUUGUUGCUGGUGUUCUCUCACGUGUCAUCAGGGAAUACAAUUAUUGGAAUAAUAUUGCAGAGGAGGUUAGCUCAGUUGUUUCUACUGAUCCAGAAAAUUGCUUAGAUAUACUUGCUUUGAGUUACAAUUACUUGCCCCAUCACCUGAUAGCCUGCUUCCUCUAUAUGGGGAUUUUCCCUGAAGAUUGUAAGAUUGAAGUUUCAAAAUUGAUUAAUUUAUGGGCUGCAGAGGGCUUCUUAUAUUUGGAUUCUGAGAAACAGUUGGAACAGAUUGGAGAGGAUUACUUGGAAGACCUUAUCGGCAGAAGCUUAGUUUUGGUUGAAAAGAAGCGCUUUGGGGGGGAAGUCAAAACUUGUCGCCUCCAUGACUUCUUACGGGAAUUGUGCUUGAAAGAAGCUCAAAAGGAGAACUUCAUGCAUGUCAUACAAAGGAGAAGUGCCAAAGGUGUUCAAACAGGCAUGCGUAAUCAACGUCGUCUGAGUUUCCAUUUGGAUCCCUACAGUGAUGUGUCUGCAGCACCUGCAAUCCCACAUGUCUCAUCUUUUCUGUGUUUCACACUGGGUGCUAAUAUAGUACCUGAUAUUCUAUUCUUUCAGUUAGGCUUUAAGUUGCUUAGAGUAUUGGACAUAUUCUUUCUGCAUUUCGAUUACUUCCCUGAUCAAAUUAUAAAACUGAUACAUUUGAGGUAUCUUGCGCUCAAUGUUACUUAUGAGCUUCCUGCCUCAGUUUCCCAAUUGAGGAAUCUCCAGACCUUAGUCAUUCAUGGUCCAUGGCUUUGUCGGGAAUCUGGCGGUAGCCCAACAUUGUUACUGGAGUAUUGGAAUAUGCCUUCACUGAGGCAUGUGCAUAUUACUGCAGCUUGUCAUCUAAAGAAUCCUUUCACUGUACAAGAUAACCUUCCUCGUCCAUUUGCUUCAGAACACCUGCAAACUCUCUAUACAAUACAAUUUUCAUGUUGCACAAAGGAAUUUUUCAGUGUCAUGCCCCAUCUUAAGAAACUGGGAAUUUGUGAAACUAAAGAAGACUACAGCACAGACAGUUUGUCACAAGUCCUAAAUAAUCUUGUUUGCUUGCAAGAACUUGAAACCCUGGAGUGUUCCUUCCACGCACAAAAUAGAGAAGUGCGAAAGAAUUUGGGCUUGGCUGCUUUGCCAGUUACUCUUAAGCAUUUGAGUUUGAGUUGGAGUUACUUACCAUGGGAAGAUAUGACCUUUAUUGCCAUGUUGCCCAACCUUGAGGUGCUUAAACUCAAAAAUUAUGCUUUCCAAGGGCCAAAAUGGGAGCCAACUGAAGAAGGUUUUCAUAGUCUAAAGCACUUGCUAAUUGAAAACACUGAUUUGAUCCAUUGGGAAGCAAUAAUAGUUCGCCACUUUCCAUGCCUUCAACAUCUUGUUCUGAAAUCAUGCAAGCUCUUGGAGGAGAUCCCUUUUGGUGUUGAGGAACUUGGUACCCUGCAGCGGCUUGAGGCCCACUAUUGUAGUGAACCUAUUGAGAAUUCUGCUAAAGAAAUUCAAGAACAGAUUGAAGGCAUUGAUGUUAUUAUCAGAAGUGAUCGGAAUCCAGACUCUGCAUAAGGAGUGCUAUCAAUUCUUCUCUCUCUCUUAAUAUCCAAUGUUUACAACUUCUUCAUUUCCAACUUUCUUUCCAAAUAACCAUUUGUAGGACUUCGCUCUCUUGUGGCAAAUGCACUGUGACUGCCAAAUGCAUAUUCAUGGUUUUAGUCUUCAGUUAGGAUUUGACAAGUUGGUACUCCCAUUCUACGUCUUCUUGAUGCCUGUUUCAGUAGUACUAUGUUGAUGUCCUGCUUGAUUAUCUAUUAUGGUUCAGAUGAGUUUCAUGACUGUUAACAUGUAUGUCAUGAAUUCCUCUCACAAGAAGCUUUGCGAUAAUAAUCUUUGUGUAUGUUCCUAUUUAUUGGAUGUAAUCCUUUCUUCUGCAAAGAAGUUACUGAUGGUAGACAUUGUAUGUUGGCUCA